AUGUCCAUGAAGUACCUCGCCGCAUACGCCCUUGCGUCGCUGAGCAACCCGACGCCAGGCGCCGCCGAUGUGGAGCGGAUCUGCAAGGCCUGCGGCAUUCAGGUGGAGAGCGAUGCCCUCGCAUUCGUCAUGGAGUCCAUUGCUGGCCGCAGCGUUGCCACCCUCGUGGCGGAGGGUGCGGCGAAGAUGAGCGCCACCGCCCUUGCCGCCGCCCCUGCCGCCGCCGGUGGCGCUGCUGCUGCCGGUGGUGCCGCCGCCGCCGCCCCCGCCGCCGAGGCCAAGAAGGAAGAGGAGGAGGAGGAGGACGACGACAUGGGCUUCGGCCUCUUCGACUAG